AGGCCCGAAGAGGGACCAUAGGUGACCAGACACCCCAUUUUAGACAAGUUAGUUCAUAUUCCGGACUACCGGGAAGGGAGAUGAGGAAGGAGCAGGUUUCCUGGCCCGUAUUUUGACAGAGACAUCUGAUCGCUUACCUAGAUGGACAACAGUUUAGGGCUAAAAAAAAAAAAUCCCUGUCCUGCCCGGAAGUCGCAUCUGGCAUUUCCGAUGGGGUCAUGACGGAAGGGUGGGAAUAGCCUGCGCCCCCAAUCCUCGUCAAGGGGCGCCCAUUCUCGACCCAAGUUACGAAGUUCCUUCUGUAGGCUUGAGUCAAGAACGGUCAGUCAUCUUGUUAAUACCGGGUUGGAUGUCUGACAUUGAGGGGAAAAGACCAGGAGAACUUUCAGGAACUGUAUCCAAUACUCCAAAAUCACUGUGUCCAACAAUUAAGAUAUGGCAGAAGUGAAGUCAAUGUUCCGAGAAGUUCUUCCAAAACAAGGGCAGUUGUCUGUAGAAGAUGUAACCACAAUGGUGCUGUGUAAACCCAAACUUUUACCCUUAAAAUCUCUGACUCUAGAAAAACUGGAGAAAAUGCAGCAAGCCGCACAGGAUACAGUUCACCAACAAGAAAUGGCAGAGAAGGAACAACAGCAAAUAACCGAUUGAAUGAUGAUUUAGCACUUCCAUGAGCACCCCACCAUUUAAUAACUAGAAAAUAAUCUGCAUCUGUAUGCCGAAAAUAGUAAUAAAACCAAUAGUAUUCAUAUAAAUAAUACAAAAAUACCCAAGGCUGAUGAAACCUAUAUUGUGAAUUUUUAAAUUUUGUUUUCUGUUGAACACAAAACUUCAAACCAAAUUUUACAGUUUGUUUACCUGCGUGUUUAGAAUUGUAAAUUAUUGUUCAACAUUCCUAUUGCUGUCAGUUUUAUGGAUAACAUUCUUAGGCCCAAGUAUCUAAAUGCAACUUUCUGUAUACAGAGGCUCAUCACACUUCUAUUAAAAGCCUGCGUUUGAAGAUACAUUCUCAUCUUGAAUAAGAUAUGCAUGCUGGGCUUUUAUGUUACCUAACAUAUUUUACCAAUUUUAUGCAUCAUUACAUCUUUAAAGCUAUCUUGCCUGACCAACUGAUCCUAACCAAUGACAAAACUGUUUAACAAAUUUGAUUUUUAAAAAAACCCUCACCUAUUCUGUAUAGUCACCUAUAUUUUUAGUUAAGCUAAUUUUUUAAACUUAAGAAUUAUCUGGCUAUCUGGUUCUUUCUGAUGUAAGGAAAAUGUUCAGAGAUAGAUUGUGGUGAUGAACGCAUAACUAUGUUAUCAUACUGUGGACAGUGGAUUGUAUAUCAUGGAUGAUUGUAUGGUGUGUGAAUGUAUUUCAAUAAAACUGAAUUUAAAAAAAAAAAAAAAAGAAUUAUGUGGCUAUACUUACCAUCCAGGUAUCAAACAAUUAAAAACCUGAAAAUGAUUAGUAUAAUUAUCUGUAAGUCAUGUAAUGUGGUCUUUAAAGAACUCAUGAAGUAAAUUUGAAGUUAAAUUUGGAGUUUUAGUUCUAAAAGACUGUACCUAACCUAUUAUAUGUAUAUUCCUAAGAAUAUCUUUGUAAAUUCUGAAUAUAAUUGUAGAUUGGUUGGCUGUAGUCAAUAAUAGACUGUUUAAAUUCACACAGGCCUUGAGGCUUUGCUGAAUAAUUAGUCUCUACAAAGGAGAGGUUAGAAAUGUGAUCAUUCUUUAGAUAAUUAUUUAUUCAUAGCUAGUAUUUUCUUAAGACACUGGUAAAUGUAAAAAGUUGAGUCCUUGAAGAAUAAUUUUUUCUAACGCCAACAUUAUUCGGUAAUGGACUUUAAGAAUGAUGAAAAGUAUUAUGCAAAUUUUAGAAAUUUCAUUAAGCUCUAGAUAAGAUCAAUAAACAUGAGAGUAAGUAUGCAUGCACUUUUCCCUAAUAUAAUAUUAAAAGAAUUUAUUUACUCUUGUAUUUUUUAUUUAAAUGCUUGCAAGGAACAAAACAUAUUCACUAGAUUUUUGUAUGAUUUAAAAUUUGCUGUGUGAAAUAAAAGUUUAAAAGUUUUUAAAAA